AUGGGUAUUCCUGGGCUCAUCAAUGCAAUUGGCCCAGGAGAGCGUAUCUCUCUGGCGAAGUUGGCAGUGACGCACCUCGAGCGGACAGCAAGACCGAUUCGCAUUGCAGUCGACAUUUCGAUCUGGCUCUUUCAAGUUCAAGCGGGUAGAGGCGGAAGAAACCCAGAGCUACGCACACUAUUUUAUCGAUUAUUGAAGUUACUUGCAUUGCCAGUCCACCCCCUUUUUGUCUAUGAUGGACGGCAAAAACCUGCUUUUAAGAGAGGCAAAGCAGUCUCAUCUCGCAGUUAUGGCAGUGCGCCGAUCAUCAAGCGUUCCAAGGACCUCAUCGAACGAUUCAGGUUUCCGUGGCAUGAGGCACCCGGCGAGGCAGAGGCCGAAUGUGCACGGUUACAGCAGGCAGGUAUUGUAGACGCUGUCAUGAGCAACGAUGUCGACGCAUUGAUGUUCGGAUCGUCUUUAACUAUUAUGAACUUCUCAAAAGAGAGCGGAAGCGGCAGCUCUUCAGCAACUCAUGUUACAUGCUAUGCAAUGGGACAGGAUGGACAUCCAUCCAAUAUACCCCUUGACCGACCGGGAAUGAUCCUAUUCGCUAUGCUCAGUGGAGGGGACUAUUUACCAUCUGGUGUUCCGAAAUGCGGCAGCAAGCUCGCUGCAGAGAUUGCCAAGGCUGGAUUUGGCGAGGAUCUUCUGCAGGAGCUUGCGUCGCAAGCAGACGUGGAUGCAGGGUUGAACGAGUGGAGAGAAAGACUCCAAUAUGAACUUGAGGAGAAUGAGAGUGGAUACUUUACGAGGAAACACCCAGCAGUUCGAAUUCCAGACGCUUUUCCGGACCGACAAAUUCUCGAGUACUACGCCCAGCCCAAAGUUUCCGGUGAUGAAGAGAUGGCACUUCUGAAAACCCGUCUCGUACAGGCUUGGGACAAAGAUAUCGACCCCCUAGCAAUCCGAACAUUUGCCGCAGACCAUUUUGAAUGGAAUUAUCGAUCGGGGGCAAGGAAAUUGAUCAGACUGUUGGCUGAGCCUCUUGUCUCAUACAGACUCCGUCUCCAGAGACCAGUUCUAGGCGUGUCGCCUGGUUUCUCAUUUGUGCCCGAUUGCCCACCUGGUCUGCAAAAGGUGUAUCGAACCCGAUCAAGUUUCGGCACUGAUGCAGUGCCAGAACUUCAGCUAGAUAUGCUACCGGCAGAUAUUGUUGGGCUGGAUCUCCUUGCCGAGGAACCAAACCCGCCGUCCGAAGUUAGUGUACAGGAAGCUGAGGAAGAGGAUGACCCAGAGGUAGUUGCUGGAUCACCACCUCCGGCACCGUCGAAGACUCGGAUUACAAAACAAUUUGAUCCGUUCUCCCUCGAGAAGGUCUGGAUAUUCGAGACUGUCGUAAGACUGGGUGUUCCUGAGGUCGUCAAAAAUUGGGAGAGGGAACAGGCUGAAAAAGCCGCGAAAGCCGAAGAAGCUGCGGCGAAAAAGAAGACCGGUACUCGGCGCACCGGUCCCAAGAAAAAGGGACCAAUUGAUGCUGGAAUGAAACGGGGGAGUAUCCUGAAAUACGGAACUCUCACGAAAGAAAGGUCCGAACUGUCAACAACUAAACAAACACACUUGUUGAAAGCCGCUACAUCGGCUCAGAAUCCUCUUUCCCGACUUGUGGCCAAUUCUGGGUCUUCUUCGCCAACAAUUGUGGACCAGGAAGACGAUAUAUUUUCCUCUCCGAGCAUGUAUAUUCCGCAGAGGUCUUCACUGACGAUGCACUACGUUUCUCGGGAAGUCGAUGGUCUCCUUGAUACAUUCUCUUCAAUGUGUAACCUGUCUCCUUCUGCCAAUAUCAAGCGUCACCCCAUAUCGGACCAGUCUCGCAUUAGAUCAAGGCGCACAGCUUUGGGAACUGGUCAGGUUGAUAUUGAAGAAUCUGACGCACUAGACAUGAACACCGAUUAUUCUCCGUCUCGCCCGACACGACGCAUGGGACUCAAAAUUAGCUACUCGGUCUCCGACGUUUGUGAAUCUGAAACUUUCACGGAGGACUUCCCAGCCAGAGCACUCUUGGAACUGCCUUCUCUGUCCGGGAAGACUUUAUCUAAGACCAAGAAGAUUCCCAAGGUGCAGUGUGAAGAAAAGGCCAGGGUUGAACACAUCGAAAAAGCCAUCGAGUCCCUUUCUCUGUCAUCGAAAAUCGACGAGGAAAACACCGCAACUCGCUCGUUGCGUCAACCGCCAACGAAGAAGGCACCACAAGCACCAAAAGUUCGGACUCGUUCCUCUGAAGUCGAAGAUAUCAGACCACCCCGAUCUUGCAGCCAAGCAAAUCCCAAGCCCGAACUCGAGCCCGAACAUACAUUACCAUUGAACUUGAAGACAUACGAAAACAAUGAGAUUAAUGAGGUAAAUUGGUCUCCUAAGAAGUCUUCAAAGGGGACGAGCACAACGCCGAAGCAUAAGACCAUAGGGCACUUGGAAAACAUUAUAUUGCACGACGGCUUUUGGUCGAUCGACCCGUCUCCGCAUGAACAAGAUCCAUGCGAAGGCUCAGCUACCGAUAGCCUGAGCACAGCGCGCAGACAGACUCAGCCUGCCAAAAAGAAAAGAAUCCCACGCGUCAGUUUUCUUGACCUCGUUUGA